AUGGAAAAGUUCGACAUUCUCAUUUGUGGUAGUGGCUCCGCCGGUCUUUGCGCUGCAGCUUGGCUCGCUCGUUACGGCAUCCGAUGCAAAAUUCUGGAACGUCGCGAUGGCCCCAUGACCAUGGGCCAGGCAGAUGGCGUACAAUGUCGAACCGUCGAAAUCUUCGAAAGCUUUGGCGUGGGUGAGGAAUUGUUACGCGAGGCCUAUCAUGUUCUUGAAGUGAGCUUCUGGGCAGAUGAUGGGUCCGGUAUUAAGCGUACUGGCCGAACGGCUGAUACGCAGCCGGGAUUGUCGCACCAGCCACAUGUUAUCUUGAACCAGGCACGCAUUAAUGGGCUGCUAAUUGAGCGCAUGCAAGCAUAUAAUGACCAGCAGAUUGAUUAUGGGUACAAUGUUACCGAUGUGCAGGUCGAUAGUGCAUCUGCAUCUGACCCUGACUCUUAUCCCGUCACUGUAACUGCGGAGCGAGAAGGAAAGACAGAGAGCUUUGCGGCGAAAUACGUAUUGGCGUGCGAUGGCGCCCACAGCGUUGUGCGCAAGGCUCUCGGGUACAAGAUGAUUGGGGACAGCAGUGAUGCAGUCUGGGGCGUGAUGGAUAUGAUCCCUCGCACCAACUUUCCUGAUUUCCGCAAAAAGACAGCCAUUCGGUCCAAAGCAGGAACCCUCUUGAUCAUCCCCCGAGAAGGUGAUAAGCGCAACUUGACACGAUUCUACAUCGAACUUCCCGUGGGAACAAACCCCAAAGAUGUGACUUUGGAGAAAUUACAGAUCCAAGCCAAGAAAAGUUUCGAGCCGUAUCAAAUGGAGUUCACUGAGACGGUGUGGUGGUCUGCCUACUCGAUUGGCCAGCGCCACGCCGACUUCUUCCACAAAGACUAUCGAGUAUUCUUGGCUGGAGAUGCUUGCCACACCCAUUCACCUAAAGCUGGCCAGGGUAUGAAUGUCAGUCUGCAAGAUGGAUACAAUAUUGGCUGGAAGCUUGGCGAAGUCUUGACAGGACUGGCUCAUCCAUCUUUGCUUGAGACAUAUGUUCUUGAGCGAGAGAAGACCGCCAUCGAUUUGAUCAACUUCGAUCGCUACUUUGCCAAGUUGUUCGCUUCUGGAGCCAACACAGCUGCAGAGUUCCAGGAAGGGUUUACCCAAGCGGGAAAAUACACUGCUGGCCUCACAGCGAAAUAUGAUGUUUCUCCCAUCACCACUGCCUUGGAGUCUACACAGCUUGCAUCAAAUGUUGUGGUUGGCAUGCGACUGCCCAGUGCACAGCUUGUGCGACACUGCGACUCGAAGCCUCUUCAGCUCAUGACAACACUCAAGUCAGAUGGCCGGUGGCGUAUUAUGGCCUUUGUCGGUGAUCUCACAGUUGCUGAGAACCGGUCCAAAUUGAAUACGCUUGGAGAAUACUUAUCCUCGCAGGGUGGGCCAAUCCACAAGUUUACACCGACUUCGCAAUAUGUGGAUAGUCUAAUAGAGACCAUUGUUAUUGGCCACGGGAAGCGACAUGAUGUUGAGUUGGAGCAGAUUCCUGAAUCUUUCUACCCACUGACAGGCAAGAAUCAGACAAGAGAUUUGCACAAGAUAUACUUCGAUGAUGAAAGUUACAACAGGGGACACGGCCACGCAUAUGAGUUCCUCGGCAUUGAUCCGAAAGAGGGGGCUUUGAUUAUUGUUCGACCCGAUCAAUAUGUAUCUGCGGUCAUGGGACUUGAUGAGUAUAGGGAAAUUGGCAAGUUCUUCGGGGGAUUUCUUAAGCCGCAAACGUAG